CUUGGUGUAUAUGGAGUCUAAAGGUGCACAUCGAUCUGGUUUGGCUAAGGUUAUUCCCCCAAAAGGGUGGAAGCCCAAGAGGCAUUAUGAUGACAUAGAUGACCUUGUGAUCCCUGCUCCAAUCCAGCAGAUGGUGACGGGACAGUCUGGUCUCUUCACUCAGUACAAUAUUCAGAAAAAGCCAAUGACUGUCAAAGAGUUCAGAAGACUCGCCAAUAGUGAUAAAUACUGCACUCCAAGAUACAUGGAUUAUGAUGAUUUAGAAAGGAAAUAUUGGAAAAAUUUAACUUUUGUUGCUCCAAUCUAUGGUGCAGAUGUCAAUGGGAGCCUUUAUGAUAAAGACAUAGAUGAGUGGAAUAUUUCACGUCUAAACACCAUUCUGGAUGUUGUAGGAGACGAAUGUGGGAUUUCCAUAGAGGGGGUCAAUACACCUUAUCUCUAUUUCGGAAUGUGGAAAACUACAUUUGCUUGGCAUACUGAAGACAUGGAUCUGUACAGCAUUAACUACCUCCACUUUGGCGAGCCCAAGUCAUGGUACUCUAUACCACCAGAACAUGGAAAGAGACUGGAAAGGCUGGCUCAAGGUAAACACUUUUUUUUUGCAUAUUUACAUGGUCAUAUCUGUAUGUAUAAUUGUAAUCAGCUUCCUGUAAUCAGUUGUAAUCAGGUUACACAAGAAGCUGGUGAAUUUAUGCUCACUUUCCCAUACGGGUAUCAUGCCGGGUUCAAUCAUGGCUUCAACUGUGCCGAAUCAACAAAUUUUGCUACAGUUAGAUGGAUUGAUUACGGAAAACUAGCCAAACUGUGUUCCUGCAGCAGCGACAUGGUGAAAAUAUCAAUGGACAUAUUUGUAAAAAUGUUUCAGCCAGACAAGUAUGAGAUUUGGAAGCAAGGAAAAGACAUUUAUACCAUUGACCACACAAAACCUACUGUUGAAACAACACCAGAAGUGAAGGCAUGGAUGAGUAAAAGGAGGAGAAGAAUGAAGAAUGCUUUGAAGGGCCUUCAGCAUACCACAUCUCGUUCUAAGAAGCUUAAGACUGAAAAGGACAAGAAAGUAUCAGCCAUGGUAGAAAUCAUAGCUACUGAAGCUGCUACAGAUGGUUUCAAGGUCAAUGAAAAACCCACAGAAAAUGCAGUGCUAGUAAACAAAGAAGUGCCUUCAGGGGAUGAGAAGAACAUUAGAGAAGUGCAUCUGGAUCACAGUUUAUUGAAUAAUAUCCAGGCCCCAGGUGGACUUUCCCUUCUUUUGGAUCAAGGCACAAAACCAGAAGAAAUAGACAACUAUGACCUCAGUUUGGCCGCUUCAGGGCUGGCAGAGUUGUGUGGAUCUCUUGCCCAGCCUGCUCCAGUUAAAGUAGAAGACAGCACAGAUAUCCAGGAAGAAAAUGACCAGAAAUCAUUCAUUCAGCCACAAGUGUAUAAUUUUUCCGAGGCUGAGGUGUUUGAGAAAGAAGAGACUAGCAGCUUUUCAAGUGGUGGUGAUGAUGAUGAUGCCAGUGACCUUGAGGUUGCGGAUUGUGGCCUAGAACCUGGUGAAGUUCCCAUUUUGAUGAAUGAUGGGCAGCAGGCCUCUGAGCAAAGCAAUUUGUGUGGUUGGUCAGAAAGCAAUGGGAAAAGACAACAAAGAGCAAAAAGUUGGAGACUUCCUCUUGGCAAGCCUCCAUCUAGAUCGCUGAUGACAGUGGUUAAACAGCAGGCAACUAGUGAUGAAGAAUUUCAGGAGUGUCCUGGUGUACCAACUGAAGAGAGCGAACCUUGGGCAAAGCCUCUUCGUCACCUCUGGCAGUCCAAGGUGCAUAGUUUUGCAGCUGAAAGGGAGUAUAAUGAAUCAAUAGCCAAAUUGAAGCCAUAUUGCGCCAUCUGCAGUCUUUUUUUGCCUUACUACAAGUCGGAAACUUAUAAUGAUGACGUGCAAUCUUACUGGGAAACUGCGUCAAGCGCAAUAUCGCCACAUGAGUCAAAAACAAAACCUCUGAUCCCAGAAAUGUGCUUCCUAUACAGUGAAGAGAACACAGAACAUGCGCCCACAAAUACAUUUAUUGAUGGGGAUGGAAAAAGUCAGCUCAUUGCUUGCACAAUGUGUUGUGUACAGGUUCAUGCAAGUUGUUAUGGUGUUCCUUCCCAUGAAAUUCAUGAUAGAUGGAUGUGUUCUCGAUGUAGAAAUGGAGUUUGGACAGCAGAAUGUUGCCUUUGCAGUCUGCGAGGGGGCGCUCUUAAGCAAACAACAGAUAAUAAAUGGGCACAUGUAAUGUGUGCAAUUGCUGUCCCAGAAGUAAAGUUUGAAAAUGUGAUGGAGCGAUCUCAAAUAGACACCAGCAGAAUUCCCCUUGAGAGGUUAAAAUUGAGAUGUGUUUUCUGCAGACAAAGAUUUAAGAACUGUCAUGGAGCUUGUAUCCAGUGUUCAUACGGUCGCUGCCCCACAUCCUUCCAUGUGACCUGCGCACAUGCUGCGGGGGUCGUGAUGGAGGAGGAUGACUGGCCCUUUGUAGUGUACAUCACAUGCUUCAGGCACAUGAUCAAUCAGAACCUGAGACAAAAAUCGGCCAAGAAGAAUAUAAAUAUUGGACAGACCGUAAUUGCGAAGCACAGAAAUAUCCGAUACUACAGCUGCAAGGUUACAGAAAUAACCUCCCAGACCUUCUAUGAAGUAGAAUUCGAUGAUGGAUCUAUCAGUAAGGACACAUUCCCUGAAGAUAUUGUUAGCAGAGACUGUCUGAAGCUAGGUCCACCUUUACAGGGAGAAGAUGUCCGGGUAAAAUGGCCUGAUGGGUUACUUUAUGGUGCAAAAUACCUUGGAUGCAACAUUGUCUAUAUGUACAAGGUUGAAUUUGAAGAUGGGUCACAAAUUGUGACAAAGAGAGAAGAUAUUUACACAAUGGAAGAAGAACUUCCUAAGAAGAUCAAAUCUCGUUACUCCAGAGCAUCGGACAUGAAAUAUGAAGAUGCGUUUUAUGGGGAAGAAGUCAUUAAAGACAAAAAAAGACAGAGAGUACUGAAUGUUAAGUUCAAGAAUGAAUAUGUUGAUGAUCCCGGAUAUCGCACAUUUCUCAAGAGUUCAUUCCAAAAGAAAACCCACAAGGGACAGUAAUGGACUAACACAACAUGCAACUGAAUAGACCCAAGUUUGCGAGAGAUUUGUUACUGCAUUUGCACUACACCCAUACAGUAGUACUUUGAACUGAAAGGUCAUUCUGGUUCAACUCCUUGUCAUAAUUCCUGUUCAUACAUAACAUCUACUGGCUUGCAGUGGAGCCUUGUCAUCAUUGACAUUACAUUGUCUAUUAGAUUCAUGGCCAUAGUAUAGCACUCCUUCAACUAAUGGUGUUAAAGAGGUAUUCCCAUCAUAUACAGUGGGGGCAUAUCACUAAGAUAUGUCCCCAUUGUCUGAUAGG